AUGCGUGGAAAACUCUUGGAUUUGUUCCUGGUCAACGUGCUGACGUGUGGCCUGGAGAUCUGCAUUGCCACGGGAACCAUCUAUAUUCCUCCAAUGCUGUUAGAGGCUGGCGUGCAGGAGCGCUUCAUGACCAUGGUGCUGGGAGUGGGACCAGUCUUGGGGCUAAUUUUUGUCCCACCGCUCAGCUUGGCGAGUGAUGGAUGGAGCAGUCGUUACGGCCGCCGGCGUCCGUUCAUCUGGGCCAUGUGUUUGGGUGUGCUGCUCGGCCUCGUGGUCAUCCCUCACGCGCCCCGCAUUGUUGCCGCGUUCUCUGAACAGCGCCACCAGUGGUUGGAAGAGCUACUGCAGGUGUUUGCCAUCUGCGUCAUGCAGUUCUGCGGCCAGGCUUGCUUUACUCCUCUGGAGGCGCUUGUGUCAGACCUCUUCCCAGGAGAACAGGAGAGCCAGCACGCCUUCUCCGUCUACUCGCUGAUGGUCAGCCUGGGUGGGUGCGUGGGCUACCUGCUGUCCGCCGUGGACUGGAGCUCACUGCAUGCCGCCACCUACCUGGGAGGCCAGCAGGCCUUCGUCUACGCUCUCCUCACUAUAAUCUUCCUCAUGUGCCUGACCACCACAGCCUUCAUCUCUGAGGAGCAGACUGCGAGAGCCGGAGAGAGCAGGAUGGAGGGGUCCAGGAGGGCUCUGGGCUCGUGGCCGCUAGCGCUGCUGUCUGGCGUUGGGCUGCUUCUCCACACCCUUUUCAGCCUCCUCUGGGCUGUGCCGAGGUUCUGCUCGCUGUGCAGCCAGAUGCCUCGGGUCAUCAGCAGGCUGUUCGUGGCUGAGCUGUGCAGCUGGAUGGCUCUUAUGACCUUUGUGCUGUUUUACACAGACUUUGUGGGGGAAGGCUUGUACGAAGGGGUCCCCAGCGCCGAGCCGGGGUCCACGGAGAGGCUCCGGUACGAGGAAGGUGUGCGGACAGCCAGUCUGGGCCUGUUCCUGCAGUGUGUCACCGCCGUGGGUUUCUCUCUCCUGAUGCAUCGGAUGUUGGCACGGGUAGGCACCAGGGCUCUGUACGUGAGCAGUGUGGUGCUCCUCGCCAUGAGCAUGGCAGUAAUGACCAUAUCACGCGACGUCGUGCUGGUAACCGCCAUGGCCGCCAUGACGGGCUACACCUUCUGCAUGCUGCAGAUUGUGCCCUACACACUCACCUGCCUCUACCACUCGGACGAGCAAGUGUUUUUCUCCAGCAACAGACCUAAAGUCCAAUCCAGCAUGGAUGAACUGAAUAUGAUGAAAUCAACCCAAUCACAAAAUGCCAAAGGGUGCACCAACAGGGGCUCUGUAAGCCUCUCCAGCCAGAAACCGCCCCCCGCCAAUCCUACGCUUCCUGCCUUGCUUAAUUUGCAAGUGUCUGUGGCCAUGGAGCCUUGUCCUGGCUCCUCCCGGGAGCAUCGGGGUAUAUGCCUGGACAUAGCCAUCCUCGACAGCGCCUAUCUGCUUUCGCAGGUGCUGCCCUCUCUCUUCAUGGGCACUAUUGUCCAGCUCUUCCACAGUGUGACUGCCUACGUGGUCUGUGCCUUUAUCCUCAGCAUGCUGGCAGUCUACUUCUCCAGUAAGAUCGUCUUCAGUAAGGCUGACAUGGACACGCUGAAGUGACUUCACAAAGCCUUUGUUAUUUAUUGAAAUAUUUAUCUUGUGACCUGUUUGACGUCAGGAAGAGAAAGGAGAUGCUGAAUGCGUUCUUUGUGGUUAAGGGAGUUUAACGCUGCACAAGCUCAUCGUCCCGACGUAGUUCUGAGGGAAUUGAUGGGGGAGAGCUUUGUCGCACCAAAAGCAGCUCUUGUGUAAGUGCUUUAAAUGUGCAUAAACCCCAAAAGCAGGAAUGGAAUCCGUUGAAGUAAUGACAGUAAAUGUGAGGUUUGGCCUCGCUCGUCCUGCCUGCCGUGUUAAUUUAAGAGUGGAAUGCUGAAUGUAAUUGCACAUUGUGCA